GUGUAAAACAAAACAUGAGGGAAUAGCUAGAACCAUUACAAAACAGCAUUAUUAGGGUGGAGAUGUUAUCCAUGUUAAGUCCGUACUCUACUGUAGAUGAUCUGACGGUGGUGGUAAGACAGGUGCAAUAACGACCCCUCCUCCACCGUGAACCCCUCUCUCUCUCUCUGCUCCCUCUCCUCUCCUCUGCUCGGUAAUGUUCAUCAUCCGCAUGUUUCCAAACCCUUUUACACCAUUUCCCCCAGAUACCCCGGGCGGCGGGCAAGCGAGCUCGGCAGAUGUACGGUAGUGCACACACCACUUUCCCUUUCUGAAAAGGGUACUGAAAACGGAAAAUAACGUUACUGUAGGUUUACCCGGUCCACGCUGCGGAGAAACACCUUUGGCAGUUUUUGCUUUCCCUCCAAACGAAGGUGGAGAAGUAGAGGGGGACAAGUCGCGUACCUCCGGCUCCAAUCACUCCAAGGAUGGAUCCCACCACUUUGUACUGCCAAGGUCAUGGCAUUUGAUUUCAAGCUGUCCGUCAGUUUCUCGGCUGUCUGAAAACAACAAGUAGAAAAGUAGAGUAUCAUGCCUCGGAGUCCUACGUCCAGUGAGGAGGAAAUGGCCCAGAGUGUCUCUGACGGGUCUGGAGGUUUUGAGACAGACAGCUCCAAGGAGGAGGCUGGCCAUGGAGGACCUGGAGGGGAAAGGGYCAGCAGAAGGACCGACAGGAGGGCAGAGAAGGAUAAGGCCGCCCGCAGGGAGUCACUGGUCUUCUGUGUGGUCAUCCCUGACCUGCAGCAGUCUACAUGUAUGAGGUUUAAACCCGAGGCCACCGUAUGGGUUGCUAAACAGCAGAUCCUGUGUACACUGACCCAGACGUUGAGGGACGUGCUCAACUAUGGCCUGUUUCAGCCUGCUGUGGAGGGCCGCAUGUCUGGUUUCCUGGACGAAGAGCGCCCCCUCAAAGACUACCCUACUCCCACCAGCAUCAAGGGGGUUCCAACUCUGGAGUUCCGUUACAAGAGCAGGGUCUACCAGCAGCCCAAUGUAAACGAAAAGCAGAUUGCCAAAAUCCACACGCAGGCCAACUAUAGGAAAUUCAUGGACCACAUUCAGCAUCACCAGCUGGAUAAAGUGGCAAAGAUGCUGGAGAAAGGCCUCGACCCCAACUAUCAUGACCCUGAUACUGGUGAAACUCCACUGACCUUCGCAGCCCACCUUUACGACGUGGAGCAGGUCAUCGUUGUAUUGAAACAAGGUGGUGCACAUCUGGACUUCAGGUCACAGGACGGGAUGACGGCUCUACACCAUGCGGUCAGGGCCAAGAAUCAGGCCGCGCUGAAGGCUCUACUGGACCUGGGCGCAUCACCAGACUACAAGGACAGCCAGAGUCUGACCCCCCUCUACCAUACAGUCCUGGUGGAGGGAGACCCAAGCUGCUGUGAGCUGCUACUGAGGGCCCACGCCACCGUCUCUUGCCAUGACGAAAACGGCUGGCACGAGAUACACCAGACCUGUAGAUAUGGACAUGUCCAGCACCUGGAGCACCUGUUGUUCUACAGAGCAGAUAUAGGUGUCCAGAACGCCUCAGGAAACACGGCUCUACACAUCUGUGCUCUAUACAAGCAGGAACACUGUGCCAGAGUACUGCUUGUUCGUGGUGCCAACAAGGAAGUGAAGAACUACAGAAGCCAGACAUCAUUCCAGGUGGCCAUCAUCGCGGGGAACUUUGAAUUGGCAGAAUUAAUCAAGAAUCACAAAGAGACCGAUAUUGUGCCUUUCCGAGAGGCGCCGGCCCAACCUUCCCGGCGCAAGCAAGCCCCACGGAGCACCCUCGCUGCACCACGGCCGACGCUCUUGCGCUCCAACAGCGACAACAACCUGAACGUGAACAACCGGUCACCCCUGCCGUCCCCGAGCCACUCUCCCCUGCGUAGCCUCUCCCCCCGUCGGCCCCAGCAGCAGCAGAUGCCCAGCCCCAAUGGAACAGUCAGGACCAUGGGGAAGGGGGCUCCCCGCCCUCCCCGCUCACCUUCCCUUGGGCGCCUGGGGGAGGAAGCACGGAGACAGACCCCUCAGCGACAGCCCAGCCCACACAGGGGUCGAGAAGCUUUCUCUGAUGCCAUAGACAGCCAGGGGCCCAAGCGUAAGCUGUACAGUGCUGUGCCAGGGAAGCACUAUGUGGUGACCCAGUCCUACCAACCACAGGCCGAAGGAGAGAUCCCCCUGUACAAGAAUGACAAGGUCAAAGUGCUCUCCAUAGGGGAAAGUGGUUUCUGGGAGGGCAGUGCCCGUGGUAACUUGGGGUGGUUCCCAGCAGAGUGUGUGGAGGAGAAUAUCCCUAAUCAAGUCCAGGAGGAGAAACCAUCUUUAGCUCUCUCAUGCUUCGACAACCCUCUGAAUAUGUGA